CUCGCUCACAUGCAGCGUAUUGUGCCUAAGUGCCUCCGCCACAUGCUCAUUAAUCUUGCUGACAACUUGGAUGGCCGCCAAAAUGAACAAGUUUCGCUUCGGUGACUCUGAUGAAUCGGCAUCAGACGACGAUACCUCCAGUCUUCCAUUCCCCGAGCCCUUGUCCCGAUCUUCGUUUCUUGCUCCAGACUUCGAUCCAGCGACGUAUCUCUCCUCCCUGACCAACCGUCACCAGAGUCUCGAGGACCUGCGCCAGGAAUUACGCAAUCUAGACCAAUUGCUCAGCCGCGAACUAUUGGAUCUGGUCAAUGAGAACUACCAGGACUUUCUGUCAUUAGGUAGUGCGCUUGAGGGAGGAGAGGAGAAAGUUGAGCAAGUUCGCGUCGGACUUCUCGCGUUUCAACGCGAUGUCCAGUCAAUCAGGGAUAAAGUCGAGGCGAGGCAGAGGGAAGUCGCGGGAUUGUUGAACGAAAAGAAGCGGCUGAGGGCAAAUGCGAACAUUGGGUGUGCGCUGCUGGAAUUUGCGGAUCGGAUUGAGGAGUUGGAAAAGAGAUUAAUGAUAGGGGAGCAAACGCCACAGGAGAAGCCGGCGGAGCUGUCUGAUACAGAUUCGGAUUUCCUGGAGAGUGAAGACGAGGACGAGACGGAGGAUGAAGAUCGCGGCGACAAUGCACCUCCGCUUGUCUCGCUCAAACGGCUUGAGCGCCAUCUACAGAAGCACUUGAAGAAACGAAGCAAGCGCGAGAGAAGCGGGACACCAAAACGCUGGCCGUUUUGCGUCUAUACAAACUCAUGGGGGAGGAUACGAGUGCUGUGUCCGCCCUAA